AUGUCACUUCCUCCUGAGGAAGAAUUUUUGUGUCCUUCUUGUAACAACAUUUUUUAUUCAAUUGAGUAUCUAAUAGCUCAUUUUGAAGAAUCACUACGCUUUGAUGAUGAUACUCAUAAACAAACUGUAAAAUGUUUGUUCUGUGAUGUAUAUUGUAAUGGAUCUCAAUCUAUGUUACAUCAUUUAUAUACUGAACAUAUACAAGAAUGGCCGACGUCAUCUAAAAAUGAUGUUCUUCUAGAACCAAUUUCUGAAGUUUCAAGUACAACUCCAACAAUAAAAGAAGGAACUGUAAGUAAAAGAAUUAUUAAAAAUGAAAGAAAACAUGGAUGUGGUUUUUGUGAGAAGAAAUUUACCAGACCCGCUGAUGUUCGGCGGCAUGAAAGAAUUCACACAGGCGAACGGCCAUAUGCCUGUCGUAUAUGUAAUAGUUCCUUUAAAACUAGACAUCAAUUAACACAGCAUUAUGCUAUACAUGAUAAUGCACAACCAUCUGAAUUUAUUUGUGAAGUAUGUAGAAAAGCUUAUUUUACAAAAGGAGCGUUAACACUUCAUUUACGGACACAUAAUAAUACUAAUCCAUUUUCAUGUAGUUAUCCUGGAUGUUCCCAAGCUUUUCAUACUAAUCAAUUACUUAAAAGACAUAUUAAACGAUCACAUCCUCAGAAACAAGUUAUUGAUAAGAAAGGAAUAUUAAAAACAAUUGAAAAAAUUUCACCUAGUAAAACAAAUCAUCAAAUCAUAAAACAAUCAGAAAAUUCAGCAUUUGAUUUACAAAUACCUGAGCCACCCCCUUAUGAACAUCAUAUUACUUAUCCCACUCAAAUAGUAGUUACAGAUCCAUCUGAAACUAUAUCAUGUGUGGAUCCCGUUAUUAUCUAUGAGUCUGUAGAUAGUGUAAGUGGGAAUAUAGAAUCUACAACUAUAAUUCCCACUCAAAUGUACCAAACUGUAGAACCAAUUUAUCAUGAAAUGAUGCCUUCAUAUCCUCAAUCGGUGUAUCAUACAGAAGAAUCUUGGGAUUAUUCAACAGAAUAUCCUAGAACAAACUAA